UUUUCUGCUGCUAUUUUCGUUGCUCCACAACCUCGGCCAAGAAGCAGUAGGAAGUGAGCCGAAAAUUUUUAGGGGUUUUACGCAAUCGAUCAUGUACAAAACCGCAGCCUCACGACUUAGGCCUCUCAAGGGUCACGGAGUUAAUCGAGCAGCAGCCAGGUUUGCAAGUUCAAGUGCUGUGAUCAAUAAGGCUUCCCCUUCAAGUGGUUUCUUCAGCUGGCUCACGGGGGAACGUUCUAGUUCUCUACCACCCCUCGACUUCCCUCUUCCAGGUGUUACCCUACCACCUCCACUGCCUGAUUAUGUUGAACCGAGCAAGACUAAGAUAACAACCCUCCCCAAUGGUGUCAGGAUUGCCUCGGAAACUUCAACGAACCCGGCUGCCUCAAUUGGUUUAUAUGUUGACUGUGGUUCCAUGUACGAGACACCCAUCUCUCUGGGGGCCACACAUUUGCUGGAACGGAUGGCCUUCAAGAGCACCACAAACAGGAGUCAUUUUCGAAUCGUAAGGGAAGUUGAAGCAAUUGGAGGUAAUGUGACGGCCAUGGCAUCAAGGGAACAGAUGGGGUACACUUACGAUGCCUUGAAGACGUAUGUUCCUGAAAUGGUGGAACUGCUUGUUGACUCUGUGAGAAACCCAGUGUUUUUGGACUGGGAGGUCAAUGAACAGCUGCAGAAGGUGAAAGCAGAGAUUGCAGAAAUUUCGAACAAACCCCAGGACUUGCUUUUGGAGGCAAUUCACUCUGCUGGCUAUUCUGGUGCACUGGCUAAUCCUCUUUUGGCCCCUGAAUCUGCACUGAACAGAUUGAAUAGUACAAUUUUGGAGGAAUUUGUUGCUGAGAAUUAUACUGCUCCUAGAAUGGUACUCGUAGCAUCUGGAGUUGAACAUGAGGAACUAUUGUCUGUUGCAGAGCCUCUUCUGUCUGACCUUCCCAAUGUCCCUCAUCCUGAGAAGCCAAAAUCUGUGUAUGUUGGAGGUGAUUAUCGCUGUCAAGCUGAUUCAGAGAAGACACAUAUUGCCCUUGCUUUCGAAGUACCUGGUGGCUGGCAUAAGGAGAAAGAAGCUAUGACAUUGACUGUGCUUCAGAUGCUUAUGGGAGGAGGUGGCUCUUUCUCUGCUGGGGGACCUGGCAAAGGGAUGUACUCGCGGCUAUAUCGCCGUGUCUUGAAUGAGUAUCAACAAGUUCAGUCAUUUUCAGCAUUUAACAGCAUCUACGAUAAUACUGGCAUCUUUGGGAUUCAUGCUGCAACGGGCUCCAACUUUGUAUCAAAAGCUGUUGAUUUAGCGGCCAGAGAACUUCUUGCGAUUGCAACACCUGGUCAAGUUGACCAAACAGAGCUGGAUCGUGCCAAAGCGACUACAAGAUCUGCAGUUUUGAUGAACCUGGAAUCUAGAACUGUUGCAUCAGAAGAUAUGGGACGACAGAUUUUGACGUAUGGAGAGAGGAAGCCCGUACAGCAUUUCUUGAAGGCUGUGGAUGAAGUUACUUUGAAGGAUAUUACCUCCAUUGCCCAGAAGAUUGUCUCCUCACCACUCACAAUGGCAUCAUGGGGACAUGUUAUAAAUGUUCCUAGCUACGAUUCUGUCAGGAACAAGUUCCAUGCAGAAUAGGGGCUGUAGCAGAUCCAGCUAGGUUAAUAUCUGGCUUGACAUCAUCAUUUUGCAAUUUUGGAGGCAUCUUUUGACCUUUUCGAUGUAGCUGUUGAAAAUAAAAAGGAAAAAAAAGCGCAAAAAGAAAAAUAGAGAGGAAAUCUAAACAGAAAUUCCUUUUUAGGAUCAAUAAUAUUGAUGAUCCUGUGCAGUUGCUUUGAUCAGGAUUUCUUUUGAUUUGCCC